AUGGCGGCAGAAAGCCCUGGUCAAAAGAAUGGCUUCAAGUCCUUUUUCUCCAAUGCAUUGCGUCCUAAGAAAUCUCGCCAAACCCUGCGCAAGGGCAGUAGGUCAACUACCGACUUGCGGCUGGCCGCACGCUCCAGUAUCGACACAGUCCCUCCAAUGCCAGAGCUGGCGCCAUUGCAUGCCCAUAGGUUGAAAUACAGAGAGUUACAUGCGGAAGUGGACUCUCAAUUGGGCGAGCGACGGGACUACACCGAGAUCAUCCAUAGUCUGGGCACGCUUGACGUCAACGAGAUCAGUGCUCCAACAUACGAGCACAAUGACACCCGACCCCCAGGCGAAGGCGACAUAGCCAGCCUCCCACCAAAGCUCUGGCAGCGAAUAGCGACAUACCUGAAUCCAGCGGAAGCAGCAAGCCUAGCGAUCGCCAGCAUCACCUUAUACCGCCGUCUAGGCCCAAAAUACUUCCUAGCUCUCGACCACGCAGACAACCACACCUACAAAACCGAAUUUCUAGCUGGCCUAGAAAUCUCCCUUCCUCACCAUCUCCUCUGCUUCCCCUGCACAAAAUACCACCUCCGCACAAGCGAAGGCACCGAACGCCUCCGCCCAAGCCAUGUCCUCAACCCGCUCUUCAACUGCCCCAACUCCACAAACACACGAAACCCUCCACCUCGCCACCGCAUCACGCAUGGCCGCAACCUUCCCUUUACCUUUGUGCAACUGGUAAUGCGCGCCCACCGCUUCGGCCCCAAAUACGGCCUCCCUGUAGAGGCCCUAGGCCGCCGCUGGGAGCGCGACAACUGGUCGCACACCUCCCGCUUCCACAUCCACGCCGGCCGCCUGUUGAUGCGCGUUACGAGUCAGACUUUCGCACCGCCAGGUCUCCCGCCCUCCGCGCAGCGGAUCCUGCUCUACUCGCGCGAAGACUACUGGCCGUAUUUCAGUGCGUGCGCACACUGGCGGGAUGGCGAGUUGAUGCCCGCUUGCAAGUGUGCGUUGGGACAUAUCCCGCGACCGCGGAGCACGGGUGGAUUGCAGGGUCUUGAGCACAAGGUCAAGGACCGGAUUGCGGGGCAGGUGUUUGAUCCGAAUGCAUUGACGACGCUUUGUGGGUUCUGUCGGCCCAUGCGGCGGUGUCCCGAAUGUCCGACGGAGUACUUGAUCGAGGUUAAGUUGACGGAGGACCGAGCGGAUGGCAGGUUUAAGCAGGCUAUCGUUGUUACGCGGUGGAGUGAUCUUGGGGAUGGGAGGACGCCUGGGGGGAUCGAAUGGGCGGCUAUUAAUGGGGUGGGGGAGGAUUAUGAUUCUUUUAUACAUUACGCGAAGCGUGGAAUUGCGAGUAUUUUCGAGGCUGCCUUCACUGCUGAUACGCUUCCUGGGCAGCGGGUUGUUUCGUUGAAUCCGAAGAAGAAGAAGCUUGGAGAGGAGGGAAAUCAGUGGUAUUAG